AUGCCCAAAUUAAAACUAAAUGAACAUUUCCGUUGGUUGAUAGUUGAAAAGACCUUGGAAGGCGUGUCCUGUAGAAAAAUAGCAAGACAACUUAACAUUUGCAAAUCUUCAGUUUCUAAAGUUUUUUUAUACUUCAAAAAAUAUGGAUGUGUGGAAAAUUUAUCGUUGCAAGUGGGGCGAUCAAGAAUAUUUAAAGCUGAUGAUAUGAAAUAUUUAGAAAGUCUUCUAAAAGAAAAGGUAGAUUGGUAUAUAUGGGAAUUACAAUCCGAAAUGGAAUUAUGGUUAGACCGUCACAUUAGUUAUGCCAUCAUUUGGAGAGCAAUAAACCGUCUUGGUUAUACACACAAACAGCAAUAUAGAUUAGAAUUUAUAGUCCAUAUGUCACAAUAUUCUGCAACACAGCUCGUGUUUUCUGAUGAAGCAGCAUAUGAUAGGAGGACACUUUCUCGAUGUUAUGGAUGGGAUUUUAGGGGAAAACAAGGGGCAUUAUGUCUUAAUAGUCUUUUGGCUUAUGCAAUCCAAGAGGGUCCAAUGAAUGAAGAUCCAAAUUCAUUUAGUACAAUGCCUCUUGGUUCUGAAUCUCCACCAGUAGCGUUAAAAGAUAAAGUGGUUACUGGAUUCGCAGUAGGCAUCGGAACUUGCGCUGAAAAAUCGGGUGCAGCUGGUUGA